GUCUGAGGGUAACUGUUUUACUAACAUCAUCCCUCAUGGUAUUGGGAGCUGGCCUGAGAUGUGUUCCAGUUUCAGACCUAGAAAUUAGGAAGAAGCUAAUUCAUGGAGGGCAGCUGUUAAAUGGCUUGGCGGGGCCAACUGUGAUGAACGCAGCACCAUUUCUUUCCACGACGUGGUUUUCUCCAGAUGAACGUGCCACAGCAACAGCCAUUGCAUCGCUGCUCAAUUACUUGGGCGCUGCUGGCGCGUUUCUAGUGGGACCUCUUGUAGUGCCAUCUCCUAAUGGAACAUCUCACCUCCCACUGGUAUCGCAGAGCAACACUGAGCACAUCAAGGACCGUAUUGAGGCUGUGCUGUAUGCAGAAUUUGGAAUGGUUUCCCUGAUAUUUUCCGCAGCAUUGGCCUACUUCCCCUCACGCCCUCCAUUCCCUCCCAGCGUGGCGGCAGCGAGUCAACGGCUCAGCUACAGGAGAAGUUUUUGCAGACUCUUAAGCAAUUUUCGAUUCUUGAUGAUUGCUUUAGCCUAUGCUAUACCACUGGGUGUUUUCUCUGGCUGGUCUGGUGUUCUGGAUUUGAUAUUAACGCCAGUUCACGUAAGCCAAGUAGAUGCAGGCUGGAUUGGAUUUUGGUCUAUAGUUGGAGGUUGUGUUGUUGGCAUAGCAAUGGCAAGAUUUGCAGAUUUUAUCAGGGGCAUGCUGAAGUUUAUACUGCUGCUGCUUUUAUCUGGAGCAACGUUGGCAUCAACCUGGUUCACUCUCACCUGUCUAACUAGUGUCACUCAUCUGCCUUUAACCACAG